GGCUGCGUCUGCCGCGUCUCGCUCUUGCUAGGCCCGCCCUGGAGGCUUCCCCCUCAUGCGCUUGGGAAGGGCCUGGUGGCCGCGAGUUCCGUAGGCUCGGCGUGGGGGGCCGUGACGCGCCGGCCGGGGCAGCCCCGCCUCUCGUCGCUGAUAGGCUGCGCCGGCACGGGGGUGAGGCUUCCGGGUCCGCGGCCGCUCAUGGCGCAGGGGGUCGUGGCGCGCGGUGUCCGGGUCCGGUUCGCGCCCAGCCCGACGGGGUUUCUGCAUUUGGGAGGGCUCCGGACUGCUCUGUACAACUAUCUUUUUGCCCGAAAGCACAGAGGCAGCUUUAUCCUUCGACUGGAAGACACCGAUCAAAGCCGUGUGGUAUCAGCAGCUUCUCAAAGCAUAGAAGAUGUAUUGGAGUGGGCAGGCCUGCCACCAGAUGAGAGCCCUCGCCAGGGAGGCCCUGCCGCCCCUUACCAACAAUCCCUACGAUGCGACCUGUAUAAGAAAUGCACAGAACUGCUUCUUGAGAAGGGGGCUGCCUACUGCUGUUUUUGCACGCCCCAGCGCCUGGAGUUGCUGAAGAAGGAAGCGCUGCGCAGUCAGCAAACUCCACGAUAUGACAACCGGUGUCGUCACCUAAGCCCCAAGGAGACUGCUGAGAAGGUGUCUCAAGGUAUUGACUACGCGGUGCGUUUCCGCCUGGAAGAGCGGUCGGAGCCUUUUUGUGAUCUAAUCCAUGGGUGGAGCAAGCAUGAGGUGGCCAGCGUGGAAGGCGAUCCGGUGAUCUUGAAGAGCGAUGGCUUUCCAACCUAUCACCUGGCCAACGUGGUGGAUGACCACACGAUGGGGAUCAGCCAUGUUCUGCGUGGACUUGAAUGGCUCACCUCCACCUCCAAACACCUCCUCCUCUACAGGGCCUUUGGCUGGGACCCACCUCACUUUGGGCACCUCCCACUGCUCCUGAACAAAGAUGGCAGUAAGCUCUCCAAGAGACAGGGACACGUUUUUGUGGAGGAGUUGGCUCAAGACGGCUAUUUGCCAGAAACGCUCCUGGAUCUCAUCACACACUGUGGCUCAGGGUUUGCAGAGAAUCGAGUGGGACGAACACUGAAGGAGCUGAUUGAUGAGUUUGACCUGAGCAGGGUUGAAAAGUACUCAGCCCUCCUGGAUCUGCAGAAACUGCCAGAAUUCAACAGGAUCCAUCUGGACCGGCAGAUUGGAGAUGAGAUGCUACGGCGAAAGUUUGUGGCAGAGGUUCAGGCCUCUGUAGAGCAAGCCUAUGGAAGCCAGCUUCUGGACAGAGAGGUCCUUGAGGAGGGUUACGUAGAGCAAGUGCUGCUGCUGAGAAGAGGCCACAUUAGCCAUCUGAAGGACUUGGUGUCACCCAGCUACGCUUUCUUGUGGAUCCGACCCUCUGUGCCUUCUGAGAAGCUGCAGGCUCUCUCCACGGAGGCAGAUGAGAUAGGAAGGGUGGUCCUCAGGCUGCUGGAAGGGCCGCUGACUCAGAAACCUGAAGAACUUGGCCAGCAACUGAGGCAGUUGCAUGAGCAGAUCAGCAGCACCAAGUACAGCAGCAUGAUGAGGCUCCUCCGCCUUGCCCUCAGUGGCCUGCAGGACGGGCCCAGUGUUGCUGAGAUGAUGAUCCUGCUGGGACGCAAGGAGACUAGCGCUCGCAUCCACGGGGUGCUGUGCAGUGGACCAGCUUCCUGAGGGAAUGGGGCAGAGGGAGGGCUUUGGGGAGACUAAGCGUGGUGGAACUUGGGCAAAGACUUCGAGGCUUGGAGGCAACCCAAGGAGAAUAUUCUCUGGUUUUACAGCAACGUGGUCUGGUAUUGAUGGUGCAGGGUUCAAAUUCAAUAGGAAAGGGAGAAUACUAGCUUGAUCUAAAGCCCUGUUGAGGUUACAUAAAGACCAGGCCUAGCAUGCGUUUGACAGUCUUCCUCUUGUAGCUCUGGGCAAAAGGACCAAACGGCUGAGAAAGGUCCUGUACAAGUGAUGUGGGAGUUAGGAAAUCAGGAUCAACCCUCUUGCUGCUUGUUGUUGAGCUGAGCCUAAAUUCUCCUAAUCCGGAUGAAAGUCCAGGUUCAGCCCUUUAGGCUGCAUGUGUUCCCCAAGGACAAUUGACUUACCGGAGAGAAGUCCAGGCUCGAUCCCUCCUUUUCCCUGAUCUGCUAGUUUUCUAGGGGCAGGGAGCGUUCCAGUGGAGGAGUUCUUGCCACAGAAGGCUCUUUCUGCAGCUGAACCUUGUGAAGUCUUUCCUCCUCCCUCCCUCCCUCUCUCAUCUGCUGUGCAAGGUGAGACUGGGCCCUGAACUCUGAGCUUUAAUCAAUAAAGACUUUCACGUUGUGA